AAUAAAAAAAAAAAAAACACGAAGUGGUAACAGUGAAAUGUAAAAGUGUCUUCUGCGAGAUAACGAAAGUAAAAUUAAUUAGUUAAAUAAAAAAUUCAAAUAUAAAUUUUUAAAAAAUGAUGGAUCCAGAUCCUUAUAAAAAUAACCCGACUCAAAAUUAUCCAGCUCAAACUUUUCCAAGGCCAGAUUCUGAUGAAGUGCUUCAAAGGCAAAUUGGCGAUGCUCUGAAUUUACAAUUGACAACCGAAGAAAUGGCUGUCUUAAAAGAAUGCCAGCAUAACGCUGUUUUUCACCGAGGUCUACCGCUUGCAGCUGUUGCUACUGGUGGAUUUCAUUAUAUGAUGAAAACCGGGAUGAUGAAGAAGAAUGUUUAUACAUUGGUAGUUAGUGGUAUCACCGGAUUCUUCAUCGGUACUGCGUCAUACAGGUCUGUUUGUAUGGAGAAGUUGAUUGCCUUGCCAAAUAGUACUUUGAAGGAGCGAAUUUUGGCUGCUCAAGGAGUCCAGCCGGUUAAGGUAGAUUUGCAAUCUGAUAGUCAGUUACAACCGUGGGUGGACGUCCAGCCUAAUUGGGAAACUCCUAAAGCUCCAAUGGGUUCUGCGCUAGAUAUUGAACCUUAUCAAUCUCAUAAUGACUCUUAUUCCAGCACCAACAAUACUCCGGAUCCUGAAUCAUCAUACAUAUUAGAUCCACCAUUGAGAUCACCGCUUAGAGAUAAUUACACAAGUUACGAUGAAAUGCGGCGCAGAAAUCGUGAGGAGUAUGAAAGAGCUCAGGCUCAAAACACCAGGUCAGGUAGGCCUCAACCACCACCACCUCCACCAUCUUCAACCGCAUUUGACCCAAGAUUCGACAGGCCGUAUGAACCACCACCAUUUGAUCCACCAAGGCGUGAUGAUUUUCUGUGAUUCUCUCAUCUGUAAUACUUUAUUUUUUUUCAGUAGUACUGUUUUUAUAUUCAUUGGUACUUUGUACGUAUGUAUAUUACAUUAAAAAGCUUAUUAAGCCACGAUAA